AUGAAUAAGAAUGUCCUAUCAUUGGUGUCGUGUGUUCCCAAAGUGACAGUACCUACGCAAGCAUCGUUAUCAGCACUUCCUACUACGACUUCCCGUUACAAAGCAUUUUACAAACGUUUCUACAGACUCCGCAAUCAUUUACCUUCAGACAUCACCAGUUGGUAUAAGUGCUAUUUAAGACGACGGUUUGUUCAAAAUGACUACGAAGCAAGACGUCAACGGCUUCUAGGACUCAAUGAUUCAUUAUCAGAGUCAGAUCUUCUCGAUAGAUGUCGGAACACCUUAGCCUUUGUCUUCAAUGCCACAGUAGCAACACAACUGGCUGCUACUGCUGGUCGACCUAUAUUCUAUGAUGAUCUAAAGACUCUCUAUAAGGAUCGACCAGAGCUACAAGUCAUCCGAACCAUAGUAGAAGUUGAAGCAAGGAAACCAGCUGUCGUGUUAGCUGAUACUGAAUGGGCUUGGGUCACAGAAAUACAACAUCAACUAGCGCAGAAUGACACCAAAUGGACCAAGAAUAAGAGGAAGACCAUCAAGGCAAUCAACAUAGGCUUGCUAAACCAUGAUAGGAACAUCAUGCGUCUUAAUGAAACACUUCAAUUAUGUUUAUAG